AGCUGCUGCCUUUUUGGAUGCCUUUCAGAAAGUGGCUGACAUGGCUACUAAUACACGUGGAAUUGCUGUUCCUUCAUCAAAUGGGAGCAGACUGACUGCUGUGUCAGACUCAAUUUUCUCAGCUAGGCACAGACAGAGAUGGGAAAUGCCUUGGAAAAUGAGAGAGAGGGCAAAGUCAGUUUGGAAGUUGGAAAGGGAUCUGGAUCUGAUCUCCUUUUACUUGUGAUGUUAUUUCUCUUCUUGAACCACUUUUUACUAUUUGAGUUAAUGCCCAUUUGCCGUUUUUUCAGAAAGUCAAUAAAUACCCCUGGCAAGAAGACCUGUCCACUUCCUACUUGAUCUGUCCAUAACUCCAUCUUUAACUCUUGUAUGAAUCUGCUGGUGUUGUUUUGCAUAUUGAAGUCUAAGGAAUAUGAGUAGUUAAACCAUUUACAUAAGAUAAAUUAAUGUUUUUCUUAGUUUCUGUGCUUUUGAGUUUGCUGUGGUUGUUUGUACUCUGGGACCCAUGUUCACAAAUUUAAAUCCAGGAGUGGAAACAUAUUAGGAGCAACUGGAGGGAGUAUGUGUUGGAAUGGACACUGUUGGUGCUGCUUUUGUCUGUCACUGAAAUGUCAGUAAUAGGUUGUUACUGACUUGAAAAAAAGAUGUGUAGCUCCUGAGAAUGAAGUACAAAUAAACCAGCCCUUCCUACAGAAACUUGUUUGACAUGUUCUCUACUCUCUUUUCACAUGAGAGGCACCAGAUGAGUUUUGCUGCCGUUGCUCAGUUCUAUGUCAGGAGAACCCAGGAAUCACUCCCUGGUGAUUCCUGGCCCUCCUCUGACCUGAGUUUUGUUUUUGAGCUCAUAGUUGUAUCUUUUGAACUUCUUCUGAUGAUCUCUCUAUUUUGUUUUGAUGCUGAUGCAAUCCAUCUGAGAUAGAAACAGUGAUGCUGAGUUCUGUGAAAAUGGUGGCUGGCGUUCCCUAUGCUGGCUUUUUCUGGAAGUGGUUUAGAGGGUAGCAGGGUUAAGUCCAGCUGGUACAACAGGAGCUCUUCCAUCUGCUCUGCUCUGCUCUGCUGUGCAGUUGCACAGUAACAAGCCUGAUCAAGCUGGUGGUGUGUUUAAGUUAAGGCACUUGCUGACUCAUUAGCAGAAAUACAGUGGUGAGGAAAUCCUCUGCCUGCCAACUGACCGUGUACUGUUACAGUCACUGUGGCAACACGGUGUGCUGCCUGUCAGGGAUGCCCAUGGCCUGCCCUAUUUUAUUUUUCUUUAACAUUAAAAAAAAAUAAAUUAGAAAGUCCUGAAAUGGGAAGGAGGAAAUGUUGCAAAGCUCAUUAAGGCUCCUCAAGGUAAUUUGUGGAAAGUAGUUUUGAAGUGCAGAUCCCUCUUGUUUCAUCCUUCUCUGCCUUUCUUGCAUGAGGUUUGGACAAGCCCUCCCAUGUUGACACAGACUAAAUGAUUCUUCUCAAUCGCUUCUGCACCGUCUCCUGUGCUAAUUACUGCUCUGCAAAUCUACUCUCUGGGCUGAUUUCUAAAUUCAUCCAGGAGGCUGAGCAGCUCGGAGGAUCUGCUGCAAACAUGACUUAGCUGGCAGGCAGCAAAGCUGCUCUCAAGCCCUCUGAGGAGAAUUAAGCCUGUCUGUUGGGCAGCUGGUUUUAUCAGUCUGUGUUGCAGAUUAAAACAUGUUUCAAUGUCUUUUCUAUCAAAUCAGGAAGAAGAAAAAAAAAACAUGUUCUUGUUACCAGGUCCCUGGCUGCAUGUUAAUAGAGAGCUAAUUGACCAAAUGUCAGUCACUUGUGCUCCUGGGAGGGAAGGACCAUCUCCCCUGUGCAGAGCAUACAUGAGCACAACCUGUGCCUGUUCUCAGGCUGAUGGUGAUUUUUAUGUUUUACCCACUAGAGACAGGAGCUGCUGAGGUUACAGUGUGCCCAGACUACCAGGCCAAGGAUAUAUCUGCUUCCACACUUUUAGGACAUGGGAUGUGGUGUAGAGAUGGCACUGUUUUUGAAAUGGAAAGGUUUAGGGCCUCUCCUAGCCUAGCUGUCAACCAUAUGCUUUAUUCAGAAUUUUACCCCCUUAAACCUCCACUUGUGAUGCCUGUGGCAUGCCUCUUUCAGCAGAAAGCUCCCUAAGUCACCAGUUCAAGUUUUAAGGCAUUUAUGCCAUCUCAGAAUUGGCCAUCGUCUGGUGGGGAGAUGAAAUCUUGUAGGUAGAAGAGCCUCACAGCUCUGUACAGGUCACAGGUCACAGGGCAUUUUGGUUGCUUGUGGUAACUCACCAGGUUUUUCUUGUAGGAGUGUUGAGGGGUUGAUGCACUGAAGGUGAUUUCAGUUGAAAGCAAAGGUUGUGGUGCUUACAUACUGCACCUUUACAGUUAAUGUGCAAACCAAGGUCCAAGAUUUUAAAGGGCACGUAAGAGACACGGUUCAAGGCCUUCUUAGAAAGAAAUAUGAGGAUUUGGAUUUAAGUAUAAACCAAACAGAUUGCAUCUUUCUUGCUUUUUAGUCAUGAGGUUGAUACAUGACUUCACUCUUCACCUGCUUUUUUUUGGCCAGCUUAUCUUCUUGCUGUGUAAGAUGAUUUUUUUUUUCUCUUGAUUCACUUUCUGUUACAGGGACAGAAGUGUUAGUUUUUUACCCCUGUAAAACAAAAUAUCUCUCAUUCAAUUAGGUAUAGAUAUCUCAGACAUAGAUUUUCCUGUCAGAACUGGUUCUGGAGCCCUUUUGUAAUAGUGUGUUGCAAAACUCUCAUUAGGGCUUCCCUGUGUCACAGUAAUAUUAUGCCCAUAAAGCAGUAACCCUGCUUUGACACCUCUGUGAAUAGCAGUGCAAUGCCUAAUGAAAAUGCAGUUUUACUGGCAUGAAAGUGUUUAUGUUAAUGAAGCUAUGUUCAUACAUGCCGGAGCUUACAAUACAAAUAUUUCCCUUGCAAACCCCUGAGUGAUAUGCUCAUAAGUCUUGGUGAGUCUAAUCUGGAUUAAAAAAUACAUCGUAUUCAGAGUGGCCUUAAAAUACAACCAGGGUAGGUAUGAGGUAAAGAUAAGCCUUUCCAUAAUGCAGAACACUUGGUAUAAGAAGUGGAAGAAUAUUUAAUAACAGGCUUUGAUCAGACUACCUGCUGUGGAACAAAAGUAUUUCAUUGCUCUCUGGGAAAGCUUGUAAUUUGUUUUUUCCUAGUUGUUACAACUGUACAGCCCAAAUGAACAGACCACAGCAGUGGAAUUUGAACCCAGGAUUUCUGGAUCAAAACCCAUGAGCAAAUGUUUUGUAAGGUUAGGCACUUACCUAUUAGCUUGCAGCCAGUAAGAGAUUCUUAAGCCUUAUGAAAUGGGAACAGGUGACCAAAGAUAAUUUUUAAGUAAAAACUUGACCUGUGUGCCUAAUGGUGCAGGUUUGGAACAGGAGACACUGUGUGUAGUUCAGUUCUCAGGAAGCAUGUUCGACAGUGGGGUGAUGAAAGAAACAUGUGCUCUUCCCACUAAUUUAUAUUUGUGUUUUGGUAACCCUCUGGUCUGUGAGCAGAAAUAGGGGUUGGUCCUGCAAGCAUGAGUGCAACUUGAGUACACUGCGCUGUGCCUGGGCUUGGUGAACUCAAGUGCUGAGGGAAAGUGAAGCAAUUCUAGGGGUCCAGAGGCCAGCAGGGUACAUGCAUGCUUCAGGAAUUUGCUGUUGCUGACUCAGCUACAGGGAGGAGGCAAUGUAUGCUUUUUGUUUUCAGAAUUGCUUGUCAAGCUGUUGGGGAAAAAGAAACUACUCUGGAGAAGUGGAAAAAGCUUUGUCAAGAAGGCAGUUAGAGCUUGCAGAUCCUUUCCUGUAUAAUUUCUGAAAUCCAGGUGUGGUUGGAAGUUGUGUUACAUAUUACAUGGGAAACUUUUAUUCAGUUUCUCCAGCAAUUUCCUGAUACCAUAACAGCAGCUGAGGAAUGGAUCAGGCAGAAGGUGGUACCAGAGAGAUUGGGUCUGCUCUCACCAGGAUGUGUAUGAGGCACAGAAGUAUAGAGUCCAAACUCAGGCAGUUCUCAAGUGCUUUAAUUGACUGUCUGAUAAACCCACUUCAAGAACAGAUGGAAGAGUGGAAGAAAGUGGCCAAUCAGCUGGAUAAAGACCAUGCAAAAGAAUACAAAAAAGCCCGCCAAGAGAUUAAAAAGAAGUCGUCUGAUACACUGAAGCUACAGAAGAAAGCGAAGAAAGCUGAGGCUCUGGGACGGGGUGACAUUCAGCCCCAGCUGGAUAGUGCUUUACAAGAUGUCAAUGAUAAGUACCUGCUGCUUGAAGAAACCGAGAAGCAAGCUGUCAGAAAAGCUCUGAUCGAGGAGCGCGGUCGAUUCUGUGCUUUCAUCUCGAUGCUGCGCCCUGUGAUUGAAGAAGAAAUAUCAAUGCUAGGAGAAAUAACCCAUUUACAAACCAUAUCAGAUGACCUGAAAAGUCUCACCAUGGAUCCACACAAAUUGCCAUCCUCGAGUGAACAGGUAAUUUUAGAUUUGAAAGGUUCUGAUUACAGCUGGUCUUACCAGACUCCUCCAUCCUCUCCCAGUACAACCAUGUCCAGAAAAUCUAGUGUUUGCAGCAGUCUGAACAGCGUUAACAGUAGUGAUUCCCGGUCCAGUGGCUCGCACUCGCACUCACCUAGUUCACACUAUCGCUAUCGCAGCUCCAAUCUGCCUCAGCAGGCACCCAUGAGGCUGUCCAGUGUGUCCUCCCAUGAUUCUGGAUUCAUGUCCCAGGAUGCUUUCCAGUCCAAAUCGCCAUCCCCCAUGCCACCAGAAGCACCUAACCAGAACUCGUCCAGCUCUGCCUCUUCAGAAGCCUCUGAAACCUGCCAGUCAGUGAGCGAGUGCAGUUCCCCCACCUCAGUCAGCUCAGGCUCCACCAUGGGGGCUUGGGCCUCCACAGAUAAGUUGUCUAAUGGGUUUUAUCACUGUAGUUUAUCAAGUGACCCAUCCGUAGCUUCAGUUGGUGCAGGUCCUUUCCCUCAUUUCCCGCCUGUCUCCCGCGCGUGGACUCGGGCUCCCUCAGCCCUCCUUCCAGACUACGUUCAUUAUUACACCAUUGGGCCAGGCAUGUUACCAUCAUCUAAGAUCCCUAGCUGGAAGGACUGGGCCAAGCCAGGCCCGUACGAUCAGCCCAUGGUGAACACCUUGCAGCGUCGCAAGGACAAGCGUGAGCCAGAUGUCAAUGGAGCAGCUCAGAGCGGAGCCCCUGCGCCCCCCGAGGAGGCCCAGAGACCUCGGAGCAUGACGGUGUCAGCUGCCACAAGGCAGGGUGAGGAGAUGGAGGCCUGUGAGGAGCUGGCACUUGCUCUGUCCAGAGGGCUGCAGUUGGACACCCAGAGGAGCAGUCGGGAUUCCUUGCAGUGCUCCAGUGGCUACAGCACCCAGACAACAACUCCGUGCUGUUCAGAGGACACGAUCCCAUCUCAAGUUUCAGAUUAUGAUUAUUUCUCUGUGAGUGGUGACCAGGAGGCAGAACAACAGGAGUUUGACAAAUCUUCCACCAUCCCAAGAAACAGUGACAUUAGCCAGUCCUAUCGCAGAAUGUUUCAAACCAAGCGUCCUGCUUCCACCGCAGGUCUGCCAACCACGCUGGGACCGGUCGUCGCCACCCCCGGCGUCGCCACCAUCCGCCGGACCCCUUCCACCAAGCCUUCGGUCAGGCGCGGGACCAUCGGCGGAGGCCCCAUUCCCAUCAAGACGCCGGUGAUUCCCGUCAAAACGCCAACUGUCCCCGAUAUCCCGGGGGGGCUGCCCGGUGCCCUCGCUGGGACGGAAGAGUGCCCCGAGCAAAGUCCGGAGUCUCCAGCAGCAGGAGAUGGUGGGCAAGCUGUCACCGGCAUGCCCUCGUGGAGCGGGCAAGCAGCUGUCAACCCUCCGGCGCCGGGCCAGAAACUGGGCGCUGCCGAGGAGCAGAGGCAGGCGGUGCCCGAGAGCGAGGGCGAGGAGGGCGAGCGCGGUGGGGUCGGCAGCCUGGCGCCCGCGGGGCAGGCGGAGCUGGAGCCCGGCGAGCUGAGCCCCGGCGAUGUCCCGCAGGGGGAGGAUAUGCUCAACGCCAUUCGGCGCGGGGUCAAGCUGAAGAAGACGACCACGAAUGAUCGCUCAGCACCUCGAAUUUCCUAGGAGCGGAGAAGCUGCCAGACUACUGAACGCCGAGAAGGAACUGUGAGAAAACUAAUUUGUCUCUAUCCAUUCCAAUCUGUAAUCAGUGAUUCUUUUAAGAUACUCGGUAACAGACAGUCUGAAAGUACUCUAAAAGAGAAAACAAAUGAAAGAGCAUAGUAAGACAUAAUCUUCAGUGGUGUUUUAAUUUGUAAAUAUCAAUGAUUUUGUUUCUGCAUUUUUUUGAUUAAGUUACACUUUUAAUUUUUUCUGAAGGUGCCAAAUCCCAUUUACCUUUUUUAUAACUCUCUUUGUAAAGUUUUAAAUCAUAGAAGAAAAAAAAAUUGUCGAGUAGUUAACUUCAGCAAAGGGAUUUAAUGAAAAUUUGGCUUUUUUGCAAGCUUUUGUAGAGCGCCUUGUAAUAGUGAGGUUAAAAAAUAGAACAAUGGGACUUACUACAGUUUAAGUCAAGCUAUAUGGAACAGAUCGUCAUUUAAGUAUUUAAAAAAGUUUGAAAAGCAGGAAUAAAAAAUUGACAAUAAAGCAAUAUAUAAUGCAAGGAAGAAACCUGCAGUUGGUAGAGUUAUUGGGGGGUAGUGGGGGAGGGAGAUGCCAUCAAAAUAGCAGAUGCUGUUGCACAAAAGUAGCCUAGUAGGAUGAAUUACUAGUAGCUUCAUGGUAAAUGCAUCAGAAUAAGCCAUAUUGGAUUGCAGUGUUUUGUUUCUGUAGGGUGUUUUAAAAACUGGGUUUUUCCACAUUUCUUUUUUGACUGCACAGCAGCAACUCUCAGUCACAUGCAUGCAGCCUUAACUGUGUAGGCUUGGUUCUUCCACCUUCAUGUUUUGUUCCACUCAUCCUUCCGCUGAAUACAAACAAGGACAACAGGCUUAAGGCAGUUAUAAAUGUGAAAACAUUUGUAAAAUGCAAGCAGGGAGUUCUUAAAUGUUAUCAAAAUGCCUUUUUCUGACUGUGCCCAGCAGGCUGGGCACCUUAGAAAGCCCAACUAUUUUGAGAAAACACUUAAAAAUUUGACAGGUGAAACCAGCUUGUGAUCUAAUAAACUGCGAAUGUUUCUUUCCAAUACAGGGGCUUGUUUUUCUUAACUUCUUUUAAAUGGCAGUUGAUUGGCUUUUCUUAAAUACCGAAAAGAAAAGGGUUGAGGGGUGGGGGGUGGGGGGUGAGACUGGUUUUUUGAUAAUACCGGGAGUCUGACCACUAUAAUCUCUUUUUUUGUACUUUUAAGUAAUGUUUUUUGGAACGCUAUUGAUAGAAUCAUUAAGAGUUGGAUUUUUUCCUUAAAAUAAAAGUAAGUUAUUGCUGCAAUACCCGUCUCCUAAAGCUGACAGAAAUGUGCAGACCCCUUGGCAUGACACGUGUUCCAGUGAAGGCAAUCCAGAAGGAUGCUGUCUGCCCACCCACAGCCCACCCACCUGUGGAGGGACACCAGACUUGCGGAUCCGGGAUUGUUUAAAAAUGCACCAAAAAACACACGUAUAAGGGGCUGGUUUCCACCACACACUGCAGAUUUCUGUUGGCUCUAGACUUGCCUACAUGACCUCUUAUGCUUUAAUACAUAACUGCAUUGGGUGUGAAACUUCUAGUAACUGUGUAGUCACUGUGUUCUAUAUGACAUUUUACACUGCUGUGCUUGCUAAACUUUUUUUUUGUUAUGGCUUAAAAGCAGAAAAAAAAAAAAGCAUGAUUCUUAGAAAAUAUUAAACCUUCCUUUCUUUGAAAAACAAGCUCCUUAUUACAGAAUAUAAUAAACAGUAGUGCCUGUGGUGUAGCCCACCAAUCUUGAUACAGUAGCUGAUGCAUUGUGCAAAUGAGGCUUUGAGAUGGUUUUUGCAUAAACAAAAACUGUUAGGAGGUAAUCUCAAUAGUUAAAAGUGUUAUUUAAACCUUUGAAAUAAAUGGAUGUAACUGUACCCGAGUACAGCUUUUCACUUGUUUAGUUCUUAAACGUUAGUAUAAUCAGUAAAAUUUAAUAUAAAAUGUUGCCAAAUUCAAUGUAGAAAGAAUGUGACAAAACACUUUGGAUAGUUCUAUUGUUUGUGUUUUUGCAUAUUGUAAAAGCAGUGUCACAGCUGAAAAAUAAAUUGUUUCUAAUGGUAAAUUAUUGUGGUUUAGUUGCUAGUUUGUACUGAGAGUUGACCUCUCCCUGUGCAGUUUUUUGUUCUAAACUGGUAUAAAUAAUUGCUGUAAGUGUGUCUCCCUUCUACAUUGUAAUGAUUGCUUAAGCCUACAUUAUAAAUAAAGAGCUGCUGAAAAACUCCCGUA